AGCCGUAGUCCCACAGCUUCCAUAGACUGAAGCAGAAGGCACCAGCACAGCCUCACAUGGAAAUACUGUAGGAUUUCACUCUAGCCACAUGGUUUAUUUCAUAUUUUGAUUUUAAAUGGGCGUCGCACUUGGCCUUACUCCUUCCCUCCCUGUGUUUUGUGAUUUUAUUAUUUAUUGUUAUGCAAGGAUUUAACAUACCAAAAAGAUGAUCGGGGGCUGCUACGUUUUUGGCUGGGGAAGCCUGCGAUCGACUGAAUGCAACACCUAGAUCUGACGGAAAGGAUUAUUAUAUGGGUUGCAUUUGAUUUUCCUGACCUGCCCUAUCCGGAUUUCGGAUUACUCAACAUUCUUCGGAAUGGAAGGACGGGAUUUCGCUGCUCCGGCGCACCUCCUCUCAGAGCGGGGCGCCCUGGUGCACCGAGCCGCCUCUCGGAUCGCUCCCUCGGGCCACAGCUCUGUACAGCACGCCGGUCACUUCCCGCCGGGGAAAUAUUACCCCUCGCACAUACCAAUGGCUCCCCACUCAGGCAGUGGAUUGAUGGGCAAUUCCUCCGCCUCCUUCAUGGGGACCUUUCUGGCCAGUAGUCUGGGUACCCCCCCUUCCCACCCGUCUCACCCUUCCCGGCCGCCUUCCUCGCCCUCCUCACCCUCCUUCCGGGGCGGACCCCACUCCAGCGCCUCGCAAAUCUGGUUCCCCCAUUCGCAUGAAGCAGCUCCAGGGUAUCCCCGAUUCUCAGGGAGUUUGGCCCACACUUUCCUUCCCAUGAGCCACUUGGAUCACCAUGCCAACAGUGGAGUUCUUUAUGGACAGCACCGUUUCUAUGACACCCAAAAAGAGAACUUCUAUCUACGAAGUCUGCCGUCCCAGCCACCUCUCAUCUCAGCCAAUCACAGUCUGCCUCCAAUGUCCAGGGCAGGUUCAGGACACUCUCAGGGGUCCUGCAGCAGAGAAAGAGAUCCAGGAGUAGGGACAGGUCUACAUAAGGGUCUUAAAGAGGGGUCUGUGGAGAGAGGAGUGGGACCUGUCAAGGAUAAAGAGAGGUCCAGCAGCAAACAAGAUGCAAAGGAGAGACAGCAGCAACACCAACAGCAUCAUAGCCAUCAGCCACCUCAGCCCACCCACCACCACCACCAUCACCAUUCCCACCCCCAUCAGCAGCAUCAACACUAUCCACAGCAUUCACUACCCCUGGAGGAGGUCAACAGUCGGGCAAUGGAGAGGCACAAGGCGUCACUUCCAAUGGAAUACAGCAAGGAACACCCUCAGACUAUGGCCAAGCCCCUCAGUGCCUGCUUGCACAAUGGCAAGAUGCAAAAUGGAGAUGCAGGAACUGGAGCAGGGGCUAAGGCCGCCAUGUCCAGCUGUGGUGGGGAGGGCACGGCCCUCGGGGCUAUGGGGGGCGGUGGGAGCAGCCAGGGCAGACAUAUGGGGGCCAGUGGCAGCAGCCGUUGCACCAAGGAGGGGAUUAGUGGGGAGAUGAGGAUCAGUGAGCAACCAUCAGACUGUUUAGAGAGGGGUCAGGCACCUCUCCACCAUUCUCUCUCCUACUCUGUACCUCCACCCUUACAUAUGGGUUCUACUGCAGGAGGGGCGCACCCACAUCCACAUUCUCAUUCUCACCCCCAUUCACAUCCUCAUCCAGGGGGCUUUCCCUGCCUCCAGCUCCACCCUAGUCACCCCCACCACCCACAUCAUUCCCACCAUACACACCACCACCCAGACUUCUUCUGCCCACCCCCUCCUGCUCCACUCGCCAACCCUGCCUCACAUGAGAGGGGGCCGGCCAAUGUGGUGCGAGAAGGCAAAGUCACUGGGGCCACGUUUGUGCCAUCUGUGGCAGACCUCGGGGACAAAUCCAGUGGACCAUUCCAGCUCGGUAACCCUGACUGCCAGGGUGUGGGCGGAGGAGGGGGAGGCGGAAACGCCAAGGACAAGGUAAUAGAAAAGAACGGAGGCGGUGGGCACCACAGUAGUUGGCACCGAAAGCAGCAACAGCAGCAGCAGCAGCAACAGCAGCAGCAGCAGCAUCCGUACAGAAAGACUGAAAAGGCCCCAGACUGGAUGCAGUCCCACCAUCAACACCUCCAGCCUGCACAGCUUCCUCCACCUCCUCAGCUACAGCAGCCGCCACAUCCCCAGCAGCACCAAGUUGCUCGAUCCCGAAGCGCUGAGUGUAUAAACAGCGGAGUGGAUAUGGAUGUGUACAGGACCUCACUCCCCCAGGGGCCAAAAUCUGGACAUUCUGUCCCUCAUUCAGUCAAUACUUCCCCUUACAGAGACUGUUCCCAUCCAGGUCCCCCACCAAACUCCUCCCCACUUGGAAGUAAAAGCAUGGGUCAACAUGGCGGGGCUGGAACACCUCAUGGACCUGGUCCAGGGGGAAGCUGCUCCUUACAGAGAGAUGGCCAAAAGGUAGCCAGGAUACGCCACCAGCAGCAUGGCCGACCUGGUCCAGACGCUCCUUCUCCUGCUGAGUUGAACCAAGUCACAAGUCAGGAGUUGAAAAGAAAGAUGGACAUGUCUCCUUAUGGUUACAACAACAGCAGCGGGCAGCACCACCACCAGCAGCCUCCAGUGCCGUCCUGGGGCAUGCGGCCUCCACAUCACAUGUCACAACCUGAGGAGGAGCAGAGGAAGUCUUACAUGGAGUUAGGCAGCACUGGAGGACAGCAUUCCCAACAGCAACAGCAACCAGGAAUGAACCUGCCUCCUCCUCAGCCUCCCCCUGUCCCCCCUCUGAAUCAGCAGCAGCAACAGCAGCCGCAACCUGAGCCCCCGGGCCCAACUCAAGGGGAGAGCAGUGCCAUGAAAAGCUUACUGAAGUACAGCAACCAGCAACAGCCACUGCUCCUCUCUCAGAAGAGUCCUUUUGGGGGGCUUGGAAGCCUCAAAUCUGGUCCUGCUGGUGGGAGCUGUGCUCUGCAGGGCAACAAACAGACAUUACCUUCCAGAAAAGGCCCAAGUAAUGAAAACGAGCGGCCUGAUUACAGUGGGCGGAGCAGGGAUAUGGGUGAAGCAGGUCACGGUGAAAGCGAGGUGAGGCAGCCACCGGUGGGGAUUGCGGUGGCGGUGGCCAGACAGCGGGAGCCGCCUUGUCGUUCAGCAGACGGUCAUUCCAACAGCCGACAGGGCAGAGUGCAUCCCUCUGUGAAAGGACCGCCCCGCUCCAUGUAUCCAUCUGAUCCUGCCACUGAAGAGGAGAGGAAGAGGAUGAGUGGGGAGCAGAUAGGUCUGACUUGUUUGGACAGAGAGAGAGAUGCAUAUAUCAGGGAUAAUAAAGAAAGGGUCGAGUUUGCAAGAAUCCAUCCUUCCAACAGUUGUCAUGGAGACCUCACCUCUCACCUCAUGGUCCCAGGUGGGACUUCCCUCCAGUCUGGCCAAUUAGGAGACCCAGCUGCACAUUCAGCUCACCAUCAUUGGAUGCCAAGGACCAGUAGCCCAUCCCUCUGGAUGACAGGACACUCCUAUGCAGGUAUAGGCCACACAGCUCUGCACCAGAACCUACCUCCAGGUUUCUCUGCAGCCAUGCCGGGCCCUCUGCAGCCAGUUUUGCCUCUGCCCCAGGACCCUUCUACCCAGCUGGUGGUUCUGCCCACUGAGCCUCCUGCCCAUCCUGCUACUCAUCACCUUGAUGUGAUGGAGCAGCCAGGGCUGUGGCCUCCUGUGUACGGCGCCCGGGGCCCACCCUCCCACAUGCAGCAUCCUGCUGUGUACUCCCGAUCCCAGUUUCUACGGCAACAGGAGCUGUAUGCAUUCCAGCAGCACCAACAGCUUCAGCAUCAGCAUCAACAUCAGCACCAGAGCCACCAGUCACAGCAACCGCAACCACAGUCUCAAAACCAACAGCAGCACCGAGCUGCACAUGGCAUGGACAUGCAGCAUCAUACAACUCACAACUCCCAGAUGCAGAAGAGGCCGGAUGAGCCCUCUGUGGAACUGGAAGAACUCAUUUCAGAACCGAGAACGCCUAAACCUGCCAAGCCCUACUCUUACAACCAACCUCAGAGGAACACGUCUCCCCCUGGGGCCUGCACUGCUCACUUAUCCCCUUGUUGCCAGUCUCCCUCGCUGCGACCACAUCCUAAAAGCACUCCCUCUACACCCUGCCCUGCUCCCAGCCCCGCUGCAGCAGCCCCUCACUCUCCUGUCAUCAGCCCUGCUCCACCUCAAAUGCCCAAGGGAAAUGAGGUCCAGGACAAGAGAGUAGAAGGACAGCCUCCACAGGAUUACCCAGAGUCUCUAGAGCCUGACUUGCCUCCUGGAUAUACCUAUCCUGCUAUGACCAUGGGCUACAGAGGUGGACCCUCCCCCCAGGAUGUUCGACUGGCUGAGCCGGCCGAACUGGAAGCUGUCCAAGUGGAGCCUGCUGAGCACGCUCCACAGCCUCUUUCCAACCUGGGGGAGGGGCUAGAAUGCCAAGCAGUGGUCAGGCCCCUCCCCGAGCCACUUCCACCGAAGGAAGUAGAGCAGGAAGAAGAGGAAAGAGUUGUCGAGGGAGUUUUGGAGCAGAAGGAGGAGGUUGAAGUAGCAGCGGUGACAACAGCCAACUAUGUGCCUGGAGAGAAGGAGGUGGAGGAUCAGGGGCCCGCUGAGGAGGAGGUCCUGGUUUGCCCCCCUGCGGAGAGCCCUGUCUGCGAGGCUGCUUCUUGUCCUGUCUCUCUUUCAGCAGAGGAGCUGGAAAGGCCAGAGGCUGUCAUCACUUUGGAAGAGGAAGAGGAAGAGGAGGAUGAGGAGGCAGUGGGUGAGGAAAGCCAGGUGGAGCCUGCUCAAAAGGUCAACAUGCCUGGAGAGAAGGAGCCAGAGCUGCCAACCAUCAUCGAGCUUGACCCCGCUUCCCCUGCAGCCUCUCGGUUGCAGUCUCCAGCCCUGGAGGAGGCAAAGGAUAGCAAACAGCAGCAGCAGCAGGAGAAUGAGACGAGCCCUGAUGACGCCUCAGCGGAUUUUGUUUGUCUGUCUCCUGCUUCGGCUUCUGCCCCGAGCCCAAGUCAGGAAACGGUGUCCCACAAACCUAUUGUGCCCUGCUACUGGAGUCUAGAGCUGCUGAUUGCUGCGGCAUUCUGCACAGAUGUACCCCCGUUUCCCUUGUUCCCUUUUAGUGCCCCAUUAGCUGCCCCAUCACUACCUAACCCACACCAGGGGAUGGAGCUUCUAAGUGAGCUGGCAGAUCUGGAGCUUCAACAGCAAAAGCGCACCUGUGGGAAAAGCCAGGAAGAUGAGCUGCUGAUGUUCGACCUCCAGAGCCUUGCUACUCUCGCCACAGCCCGUGCAAUGGAGAUGGGUACCCAGGACAGCAGCAGCUCGAGUUCAGGGCGACAAUUCCCAGCUCGCAGGAUCCUCAAUUUACGCAGGAAAUGCAGCUGGACACCUCGCAAUGAACCAGUGUGCCCGGCCAAAGGUACCAUGGAAACUAUGGACGGUCCUGAACUUGCUAUGCGUGUGAAGCUGGCUGAGCUACAGCGUCGCUACAAAGAGAAGCAAAAGGAGCUCGCCAAACUUCAGAGAAAGCACGAUCAUCAGAAGGAGGAAACACCUCGCAGCCCAGCGCGACGAGGACCAGGGCGGCCAAGGAAGCGGAAACCCACCCUCAACACAGGUCCGGUGUCCUCAUCGGAGGGCCAAAGAAAAGUCAAGUCGAUGGGGGCGGGGCUUGCCCUGUCGCCCGAGGACCUAGGAGGGGGCGGAGACAACCAGAGAAGGAAGAAGAGGCUGUCCAGUCGGGGCUUUGAGCGACUCAGCAGCACACAGCAGAUAAAAGCACAGGGCUGCAGAAAAAGCAGUCUUCACAGCAUGCUCAGCUCCAAGCUGGCCAGUGAUGUGACUCAGCUCAAACAGAAAGCCCAUGGUAAAAAGAAUCUCUCAGGAACAGGCUCCAGGGACAAGGAGCUUUCGCCCUGCAACUCCAACCCCAAGCAUAGACACAGAAGCCAGGGCACGAGCAAAGCAGAGUCCAGGCUGGAGUCUGGGGGACAGAGUGACACAGCAGCCAGUGCCGACAGCGGUACCCAAGAGAGCUGGACAGGUCUGGUGCGCCGUGGACGUAAAAAGGGAUCCAGCUCGCUAACACAGGGUUCAUCUCGUCUGAGUCAGUCCAGAACAAGGGUGCAAGAGGGAGAGAGCUCCCCCGCAGAGAGUGACUCCUCUGAUCCAGAUGAUGAAGAAGAGGAAGGCAGUUAUGACACAGAUGAAGGUCGAGACUACAAAGCCCAGCCUCCCAGAGAUGUCACCUCUAGCUCCUCCAUGGCCGGCCCCAGUCCCUCAUCUGUUGUCAAACUGGAGGCCAAUCAGAAAGCCAGGAACAAGAAACAGAGACAGGAGCUUUAUGGCUCCCAGAGUCUGUCUGGAGCAGAAGGAGAGGUCAAAGUGAGAAAGAAGCCCCCCUGUAGGCUGGGCCUGGCCUCUGCAGUCAAAAAUCAUCAUGAAGAGUACCGGCCUGAAGGGGUUAGAAGGCCAUGUGCGCCCAGGUCGAAGGAGCCUCGGUGGGGCAGCCUUGGCACCAGAGGCAGUCGUUACCGGAGAAGCAUGGGAUUGGCCACCUUCCCGACGACCAGUGAGAGGUUGAAGAGGGCAACCCGCAAGAGCACUAUGUUGAGAGGAACAAUCAAUAAGCGGAGAAGCUGCUGGUCAGUUGGAGCCCAAUCCUCUCAGAAUGAAGAGGGCAGCAGGGGACGAAGGAGCAGCAACCAGCAGCCAAAGGGACGAGCAGUGAGCCGGCUGCUGGAGAGCUUCGCUGCUGAUGAGGGCUUUCAGAUGGAUGGAAGCAGCUUCUCAGAGGAGGAGGAGGACAGCAAGCGCUCAUACAACAGCAAGAGCCCUGAAGUUCCAAACUGUGUCCUGACCAAAGAACUAUUGACGGAUGGCUUGAAGGUGCUGAUCUCCAAGGAGGAUGAGCUUCUCUACGCUGCCAGGGUCCACACUCUGGAGAUCCCAGACAUCUUUAGCAUUGUCAUCGAUGGUGAAAGAGGAAACCGCCCAAGAAUCUAUUCGCUGGAGCAACUGCUACAAGAAGCUGUCCUGGAUAUACGUCCAGAGUCAGAGUCUGUGCUGACUGAAGGAACCAGGGUGUGUGCUUACUGGAGUGAACGCUCACGCUGCUUAUACCCCGGCUACGUUCGCAGAGGUGGCUCAUCUGAUGAAGGAAAGCAAGGAGGAGUGAUGGUGGAGUUUGAUGACGGAGACCGAGGGAAGAUUUCUCUCCCAAACAUUCGCCUCCUGCCCCCAGGAUACCAGAUCCACUGUGCAGAGACUCCUCCUGCCAUGUUGGUGAAAAGCGGGACAACAGCCAAGAGAAGCUCCAGUCUGGAGCAGGUUCCCUUCAGUGACAGACCGUCUGACAGACUCAGCACUAUCAAUGCAGUCAUUAACAGCAUCAACAGCCAAAAUCUAACUGCUCACAAGAGAAGACCAGGGAGACCAAAGGGUUCUGGGAAAAAGCAAAAGCAGCAGCAGCAACAGGCCGAAAAUGCCAAUAAAAAUCCCCCUCCAUUCCUGGGUUGGCCGUCGUUGGCUAACACCAGAAAGAGGACGUCUGACAACUUAUUUCAGCUCAACGGAGCACCCAGGAAGGCCCUCAGAGGGAAGGAGGCUGAUCUGUUUUCCUUGCCUCUGACUCAGCCACUGGCCUCCACACCAGCCAAAGGCAUUUUCAGCAGCAGCUCCUUUGAGGUGGACUCCUUCAGCAGUAUUGCAAAUGGUUACUCCUCUUUUUGUACUCAGUCCAGUCCAGGUUUAUCUCUUGGCCCCAGGAGCGGCCUGUAUGAUCAGAGGCGCAGGCAGGAUGAGUGCGUUAUGCCAAAGAGCAGGAAGUCUGGACAAGAGUUCCUGGUCAAGUUAGAUCAUGAGGGAGUGACAUCCCCGAAGACAAAGAACAGCAAAGCUCUGCUGCUGAGAGGAGGAUCUUCUGGUGUGGGUUGUAUGCCGAGGACAGAGGUGUACUCCCACCCAGUCCUGCUGGUUAAAGACAACAAAAAGGGUGGUGCCUCCCGGGUGGAACUCCUUGUGAAAGGAACACCUCAGAGAAAGCCGUCAGACUCUGUGCGUCUGGGCGAAUAUGGCGACUUGGGCUUUAGUUACCACCGAGAAUGUCACAGCUCUUACUCUGAUCUGGAUGAUGAUGAGGACGACAGGAGCAGGGCUGCACUGGCUGCAGCCUCAGGAGGACUUAGGACGGCUGGCCGCUUCCUGUCUCGUCUCUCCGUCUCCUCCUCCUCUUCUGGGUCUUCGAGCUCCUCCUCUUCAGGCUCUCUGUCCAGUUCCAGCCUCUGCUCCUCUGACAAUGAUUCCUCCUAUAGCUCAGAGGAUGAGGACAGCUCUACACUGAUGCUUCAGAGUUGUUUGUCCAGCCACAGAGGCCUCCUGCAGCCCUCUGAACCCUCCACUUCAUCAAGGUCACACCAGCACUCGUUUGUGGCCAAAGCUGUGGCUGUUUCUAAUGCCAAAGGAGGACUAUCAGAGCAAAUGUCCAGUAGUAAGUCCCUGAAGAGGAAAGAAUGCAUGAGCUCCACCUCUAAACCAUCCAAGGAUUUUGUGAAGAAACCAAGGAUGCUUCCUGAUGACAAUUCAUACAUUCCAAGGCCCAAGAUGUCAACAUUUCUGUCAGGACGACAAAUGUGGAGGUGGUCAGGGAACCCUACACAGCGGCGAGGUCUUAAGGGGAAGGCUAGGAAGCUCUUCUAUAAGGCCAUUGUGCGAGGAAGAGACACAGUGAGAGUGGGAGAUUGUGCUGUGUUCCUCUCAGCUGGGCGCCCUAACCUUCCAUACAUCGGUCGAAUUGAGAACUUCUGGGAAUCCUGGACCUCCAACAUGGUUGUUAAAGUCAAAUGGUUUUACCAUCCUGAAGAGACAAAGCUUGGAAAGAGGCAUCGUGAUGGCAAGCAUGCCUUGUACCAGUCAUGUCACGAGGACGAGAACGAUGUCCAGACAAUCUCUCAUAAGUGCCAGGUGGUGAGCAGGGAGGAGUACGAGUGUCUGACUCACAAUCAGAAGCCGAACAGUAUCUCAGAUCUCUACUACCUGGCUGGGACGUACGACCCAACCACUGGUCAGUUGGUGACUGCUGAAGGGGUUUCCAUCAUGUGCUGAACCUCGAUAAGGACACUACUGAAGGACUCCCUUGGAGGAAGUGAAAGUCCAUGACUUUACCUUGAAGACCCUCAGACACUGGAAGAGUUUUCCUUUGGGUAGUCCCAAGGAUCUACGGACUACAUGUCAGCACCAAAGCAGGACAGUCUGGGGUUACACACUGGAGUCUACUGGCAUCUAAUCUUCAUGGAUGUCCUAAACUGGUUGAUCCUUUCAAGAAGAAUAGUCUGGGUUUCCUGGACAAAUGUAAUAAGUGGCAUUUCGAUCGUCUUACUAAUCUCUUUUUAAUGGAUCCAUUUGUGGACAACUCUGAGAAGACUUUCCAGCUCCCAUUAAACGCCACCAAAGGAGAGCUGAGACUUUGCAAAGUACCACAUGGAAAAGUCUUUGCGGACCAAUUUUUUUAAAAAGGUAGCCUUACCUAAGGGAAUGGAAACAAACGUGAGGCACGGGGCUCUCCCUGGACCUCUUCAUUCCAGGGAAGUGAAAAAAAAAACAUGUAAAGGAUGUAAAGUUGAUGUCUGUAAAUAGUUUGAAUUUUUCCCAAUCAAGCCAUACACUUCAGUACCUCUCGCCUGUCUGAACAGAUCAGGUGUACAUUGUACAGUUGGAUUAUUGUAUUGUUGUCUGUUGUCUAUAUGUACAUAAAAACUAUUUUAUAUAGGAGUUUAUUGUAUAUAUGAGAUGUAUCUUUCCAUGUUUGCGAUUGAUUUAUUUUUAUAUGGGUGUAGAAUACAUAACGUUUUUCCUUUGCUUUGGGAAGUCAAGAUUGGAGGUGUUAGUGUUGCACUGCAUAUGCCCUGCUGAGACCGACAGAGCACAAACAAAGACAGAAGGAUUUAGUCUAUGACAGGACGAGGCUCACUUUCUCAGAGAAAGGGGGUCAACCUGUUUAAAAAAUAGGUCAAGUGGCUUUUUGUAAGUGUUCUGUUACUUUGCAUAUUUGUUAUCCUAUUUUAAAGAAACACCUUUUUAUUUAUGUACCUCUCAGUUGGUCAUCAUUAUAAGGCAGAUCCCACUGGACUGCAAUCACGGGUCAAAAAUGAUUCAAGAUAUGAGCUUACCACGAAAAUAUUUGUGUGUGAUGAGUGUCUUGGCAUCACAAUAAUCAUGUCCACACAAAUCAGUUUAGUACAAGACUGGGUCUUUUAAUGAAGAUGUGCAUUGCACUCGUGAAUGCUUAGUUCAGCACAUUACGACUGACAAAUACCAAAGUGUCUUUAAUAUCUUUAUUUCCUUAUUUAAAUUUAACGUGUCAAGCACCUGUACUGAACUCAAAUCAGAAAUCACUGGUAACUUAUAGAGAACUUGUCCUCCACUAUGUGCAUAUAUAUAUCUAUAUAUUGGCUUUGCAUUGUGACAAUGGUUUCUUGCACAUGUACCUGCAGUUUUGUUUAGUGCAAACAUAUGCAGCAAAAGGCCACCUGGAAGAGUGACUGUGAAGGUCAAGGUACUGACAAAGUAAGACUAGAGUGCUGACAAUUCGUCUGAAUUAGUGUAUUUUAGUUUCAUCAGCCAUCUGUGUCUGUUUUGUACAGUACAUGCACAUUCUAAAUGCUAACUGUGAAGGACAAUCAGAUUCACAAAGCAAUGGACAUAGAAAAGGUUCACUCAAUCUGAAAAUGACUUAACUUUAUUUAAUUUGUGCCAAGUACAUUUUUUGUCUUCUUUGAUAUGCAAUCCUGAGUAUUCUUUGUUCACAAAGGUUUAUUUUGUUCGCCAACAUUUUAUUUAUUGUCAUUAUUGCUGUUUUUUUUUUUUUUUUUCAUGCCAAGAGCGCUUUAUGAGAAUGUGACAUUGUUUUUCUUGGUGUGAUGUCGCAUUUGCAUUUCUUAAAUAAAACUGGUCUUGUAGAGGCCAUCUAGUAAAAAGAAAUAAAGCAACACUGGAUUCUUCUCAUCCACAAACCUCUGUGCAUUAAUUCUAUUAUUCUAGCCGAGUCUAAUUCAUCUUACUGUGCCUGACAAUUC